AUGGCCUUCACGGAGCUGCUGGAGCGAGUGGGCGGCCUGGGCAGGUUCCAGGUGCUGCAGAUGGCGGCCCUGGUGGUGCCCAUCAUGUGGCUCACCGUGCAUAACAUGAUAGAGAACUUCUCGGGCGCCGUGCCCGCCCACCGCUGCUGGGUGCCGCUGCUGGACAACAGCUCGGCCACCCCCGGCGCCAGGGACCCCGAGGCCCUCCUGGCCGUCUCCAUCCCCCCGGGCCCUGCCCAGGGGCCCCAUCCGUGCCGCCGCUUCCGCCAGCCCCAGUGGCAGCUCCUGGGCGCUAAUGUCACGGCCACCAACUGGAGCGAGGCGGCCACGGAGCCGUGCGUGGACGGCUGGGUGUAUGACCGCAGCACCUUCACCUCCACCAUCGUGGCACAGUGGGACCUGGUGUGUGACUCUCAGGCCCUGCGGUCCAUGUCCCAGUCCAUCUACCUGUCAGGGAUCCUGGUGGGCGCCGCCAUGUGUGGCCAGGCCGCUGACAGGUUUGGACGCAAACUGAUGCUGACCUGGAACUACCUGCAGGUGGCCGUCGCUGGCACCGUGGCCGCCUUCGCCCCCACCUUCCCCGUGUACUGCCUCUUCCGCUUCUUGGUGGCCUUCGCCGUGGCGGGCGUCAUGAUGAACACGGGCACGCUGCUGAUGGAGUGGACCUCGGCCCGCGUCUUGGCCAUGACAUUGAACGCCCUGGGGUUCAGCUUCGGCCAGGUCCUCACCGGCGCUCUGGCCUACGGGGUGCGCGACUGGGCGUGGCUGCAGCUGGUGGCCUCCAUCCCCUUCUUCCUCUGCUUCCUGUACUCGUGGUGGCUGGCAGAGUCGGCGCGGUGGCUGCUUAUCACGGGCAAACUGGAGCGUGGCCUGCAGGAGCUGCGCCGAGUGGCCGCCUUCAACGGGAAGGGGGGCACGGGGAGCGCGCUGACCAUCGAGGUCCUGCUCACGGCCAUGCGGGAGGAGCUGAGUGCGGCCCGGGAUCCCGCCAGCCUGGGCACGCUGCUCCGCACGCCGGGACUGCGCCUGCGCGCCUGCAUCUCCACACUGUGCUGGUUCGCCUUUGGCUUCUCCUUCUACGGGCUGGCCCUGGACCUGCAGGCGCUGGGCAGCAACAUCUUCCUGCUCCAGGGCCUGCUCGGGGCGGCCGACGUCCCCGGCAAGAUGCUCACUUUACUGCUGCUGGCCAGGGCUGGCCGCAGGCCCACGCAGGUGGCCGCGCUGGUGCUGGCGGGGCUGUGCAUCCUCGCCAACACGCUGGUGCCCCUGGAGCUGGGGGUCCUGCGCUCAGCCCUGGCCCUGCUGGGGCUGGUAAGCCUGGGGUCCACGUUCACCAGCGUCAGCAUCUACAGCGGGGAGCUCUUCCCCACCGUGCUCAGGAUGACCGCCGUGGGCCUGGGGCAGAUGGCCGCCCGCGCCGGGGCCAUCCUCGGGCCCUUGGUCCGGAUGCUGGGCACCAUCAGUUUGGCGCUGCCGCUGCUGGCCUACGGGGCUGUGCCCCUGCUGAGUGGCCUGGCCGCGGUGCUGCUGCCCGAGACCCGGGGCCUGCCUCUGCCCGACACCCUCCAGGACGUCCAGUGA